AUGCCAUCUUUUGGCUCGGGUGGCAAUGCUCGUAGCGUAGGUUAUGCAAAGACGAACAACGUCCGUCCCAGGCGUCAUGACUCUUUCUCUGGUGCGCCAGCGUGUGUGCCUCUCUCGCCCCAGGAAUAUUCAGAGAAACUUGAUAGUGACGUCAAGCACGCCACUGGCACACACACGCCGUCUAAAACAGACGGUCGGCGCCAUCGCGCAAGCCACUCAAUUAUUGAUCCUAUCCGCGAAUGCCGAGAGCCUGAUUCCUCAUACAGUUGGCCGCACGCCGUCAAAAGCUGGGGCGGCGGCUUGCCAGGGCACACAUUGACUUGUUGCAUCGACCUCGUUGCGCUCGCCACUUUUCCUGCGAUGCGGGUUGGCCCUGGCCCUGUUCCCCAAUCGCCGACUGUUUGA